AUGAAAAUGGUUUCUCUUCUCCUUCUCCUGCUUCUGGGCCUCUGCAACGCUCAAGAUGGAAGUGAUCAUGGUGCUGAGAGUGAGAUCUUAAUGGAUCAAUCAGACACGGAGGAUAUAACCACGACUAUUUUGCGGAUGAACAACGGAUCCACUGAAUUAAUGCUGGAGGGAGACCUGGUGAUACCGAGAACCAGGAAUGCGAUGAAGUGUUUACACAAACCCUACAACUGUCGCUGGCCAAAGUCUGCUAACGGGAAUGUGGAAGUCCCUUAUGUUCUGAGCUCUAAAUAUGACCAAAGCGAGAAGAGAACAAUUGUGUACGCCAUGAAGGACAUUGAGGCCAAUACCUGCAUUCGCUACGUUCCACGUGCAAGACAGACAGCGUACUUGAACAUUUUACCGAGAUAUGGCUGUGCGACGACACCGGGUUAUGUUGGAGACAAGCAGACGGUGUCACUGCAGAGGUUUGGCUGCAUAGAUCACGGCAUCAUCCAGCACGAACUGCUGCACACGCUGGGUUUCUACCACGAGCACAUGAGGAGCGACCGCGACCAGUAUGUCAAAAUCAACUUCGACAACAUCAUUGAAUCUUUUGAAUACCAGUUCAAAAAGUUUGACACCAAUAACCUCAACACGCCAUAUGACUACACCUCUCUUAUGCAAUAUACAAGGAGAGCCCUUGGAAAGGGUAAUUCAGAGACCAUUACCCCCAUCCCUGACGCCUCUGUCGUCAUAGGGAAGAGUAAACGACUGAGCGAUAUCGACAUUGUGAGGAUCAACAGGCUGUACAUGUGCUGA